AUGAAUUCAUUUCAAUCUAUUAAAUUCACUCUUUUUUUUAUUACUAGAGUUUUAUUUGGUUUGCUCAUCUCUUAUUUUCUUUUAACUGCCGAUAUUAUUUAUGAUAUUAUUGUUGACCUAUCAAAUGUUGAUCAUAUAACUGAUGAAUAUGGCCAUCAUAAACCUGUUGCUUUUAUGGCAUGGCGUAUUAAUGGUCAAUAUAUAAUGGAAGGUCUUAUGGUACUUCAUUUAUGCUUACAUUAG